UAGACCCACCACCACCAAACACCUAAAUAUUCUCACAUGUACGACGCGCUAUUCAUCCUUAAAAUAUUACGAUACAAACUUAACUAUUUCCAGAUUUCGUCUUUUUUCUUUCUUUUUUACGAUUUUAAUUUUCAAUUAUAAGGCAACCAGAAAUUCCAUCUUGAUCCGCCGCGUUUUUGUUGCUUCUUUCCUUCGAUGUAUCUGGAUAGCAUCUGAAGCUAUCCCUGCUCCCUGCGCCGUCGAGGAUGGUGUCUUCAUCUAUAUCGAAAUUAACGAUGCUCGUCAGAUCUGAUGUUAUGGCGAAGUGAAGAUCCGAAAAGUAUGAGUUCUCUUACGGUGUGAGAGUGACGGAGAAAGGGUUUGAUGGCGUCUUCUCCUCGCAACUCUGAGAAAGUGUCGUAGGUAGCUUCAGCCAUUUCACCGUAGUGAAUAAGAUAUCGACGGAGAUCCAUGUCUAGAGGGUCGAGGAGGCCCUUCCAGUUUUUUGGCCGCUUAGCUCCUUCCAUAUUUUAGCUAUAUUUUCUGCACUCACUUCUCAGGUAAGCCGAUAGUGAAUAUUUGGUAAACUAAUAGUAAACAAUGGCGGUGUUUCUGUUUGGUCAAGUUUUGAGAACCCUACUCAUACUAUUGUUCCUAAUCAGAAUUUUAGUAAAGAUCAAAUUUUAAACUGAAAACUAUUAGUUCAGCUGAUGAACACAACCUAUUUCGAGUAAUUGUUUGACUGAAAGUUGAAAUUGAAUGAUUAAUACUCCAUCAAAAUAAUGGCCAACAAAUCACAAAUUUUUGAUAAUUGAUGAUAGCUUUGUUAAUAAUCAAAUGUAUGCUACUUUUCUUAAACAAGCUCUUCCUGAUGCUAUAACUCAUAUGAACAGUGCUUGCAGUUCAUCUUCAUAAGUUAAGGCUGUGGUGAGGCUAUUUUAAUUAAUCAGCCAAUGAAAUUCUCCAUAUUCUUACUCUUAGCUAUGAGAAAUGUGUAGACCAAUUAUUGGAACACAUAAAUUAGCUUUAGUUUAGAUCCAUUUAAUUCCAAAUUUACUUAGGUCUGAAGUGUAGAAUGUUCAAGCUGAAAUUAUCAAAUUUCUAUUCUUAUCACAUGAUUUAUCUUUUUUGGAGCCUAUACAAAUUAGCAGCAGAAUCAAACUUUAUUGGAUGCUUUUUAUGUAUUUUUCAUUUUGUGUUUAAGCAGUCUUCAAUUGUUUGGCUAUGACAUUUUUCUUCGUUUCUGAUUUUAAUUUUGUUUCUAUUGUGUUUAAUACUAUAAAAGUCUACUUUCUGUCUCUUGAGUAGGGGACAUGGAAGGGCUUAUUAACAGGAUAAAUAAGUCAAUAAGUUAUGAGAAGAAGACGAAGAAGGCUUGCAUGGAUUAUGAAUUUCAUAUGGCAAUUUCCAAAUGGAAUGAAGCUGUUUCACAAGAAAUAGAAAUUAUAAUGAAAGAAAAAGUUCAUUCGCUCGGUUGUCAUCCACAGCCGACGAUUUCGAAGCCUCCCUCCUCGACGACGGCGCCACCCGCACCCGCCGCCUCACGGAGGAUGAUAUUGACCCUUCUCUUGAUUUGGGUCUCAAUGGCUGCCCUCUGUUCACUCCUACUGCCUCGCUCUCUCAGAAGUAUCUUUUCAAUUUUCAAACGCAUUGUCAGGUACCUGUGAAUGUGAUGGUGCCACUCCCCUCUUUCUGUUUGCGCGGUGCAAGAAUCUCCAGAAGCUAAAUUAGCUAUAUCAAUCUAUAUUAAAAAUAUCUUAUACAUAUAGCCAAAAGUAAGAAAAAGAAGGUGUAGUCAUGUAGUGUAGAAGCAUUAAAUUCCUUUUUUUUUGCCUAACUUCAAGAUACCAGAAGUGGAUAUUUGGGUUUUAUAGCACAUAAAACGUGUAUGCACUUCCUUUUUUCUUUUUCUUACAAAUCUUUUUAGCUACGAUAAAUUAAUUAAUUGGAAAGAUUAAAAUGUAUUUAUUGUUUAUUGAAAAUGAACUGUGAUUCUGAGAACCA